CUCACCUUCCUCAUCUCACCAGCCCACCUGUUCACUGCAGUUGCCAUCUUGCGUAGGACCUGCCGGAAGAAGGAAUCUUUUUGAUAGAGAACUUUAACAUACUAUUUAGCCGUGUUAGUGAGAAUGGUAUCUUGAGGCUCAGAAAAAAAAAACAAACAAACAACCACGGGAACUUUGAAGUAUCUGGAAGCUAUUCCAAGACCCCCAGUAGGGAUUUCUGAUAAUGAAAUGGAUGGCGGUCGUAGGCGGGAACCCAAGCAUUGACUCACUCAAGACGCCCCUUCAUAUUUUAUCUUCGGUGUCAUGGCGGCAGUGCUAAUAUACACGAGCCUUCUUGCCCCAAUAAUGGGCCAUUACAGCUUCAGGAAAAGCCAUCAUGUUUCCGCAGCAUUUAUCUGUCAGCAGGAGACUAUUAUGGGAGCACAAACUCACAUUGUAUUAGCGUUAUCAGUUAAUUAUGAUCCGUGGGACAUGUGCCAGCCAAUGGGCUGACAGUCUGCUGACCACCACUCAGGAAUAUAACUCCACACCCCAAAUUCAAGCAUGUGAGAAGGGAAGGGACCCAAAGAGGUGUGUGGUUGGGGACAUUUUCCCUGGCCAGGAGUCCAUGGAGCCCUGGCCCGGUCAGUACUGUCCCCAGAGACGCACAAGUUAGGCUCACUGUCUAGGCCGGGCCCACCUUAGACCUCGUGGAUGGUCAAUGGAUGCACUUCCUGGACUCGCCUCCCCCGGCCCUUACCCUGGGGUGGAUCAGAAACAAGCUCGGACUGUGAUUCAGACGGUUCCACGGAGUCCUCUCCUCCUUCCCGGGCUGUUGGCUGCUGAACAGAAUGUCCGCGGACGACCGGCACCUGGGCUCCAGCUGCGGCUCCUUCAUCAAGACAGAGCCGUCCAGCCCGUCCUCGGGCAUCGACGCCCUCAGCCACCACAGCCCCAGCGGCUCGUCCGACGCCAGCGGGGGCUUCGGCCUGGCCCUGGGCGCCCACGCCAACGGUCUGGACUCGCCGCCCAUGUUCGCAGGCGCCGGGCUGGGCGGCACCCCGUGCCGCAAGAGCUACGAGGACUGUGCCAGCGGCCUCAUGGAGGACUCGGCCAUCAAGUGCGAGUACAUGCUCAACGCCAUCCCCAAGCGCCUGUGCCUCGUGUGCGGGGACAUUGCCUCCGGCUACCACUACGGCGUGGCCUCCUGCGAGGCCUGCAAGGCCUUCUUCAAGAGGACCAUCCAAGGAAACAUCGAGUACAGCUGCCCGGCCACCAAUGAGUGUGAGAUCACGAAACGGAGGCGCAAGUCCUGCCAGGCCUGCCGCUUCAUGAAAUGCCUCAAAGUGGGGAUGCUGAAGGAAGGUGUGCGCCUUGACCGAGUGCGUGGAGGCCGCCAGAAAUACAAGCGACGGCUGGACUCUGAGAGCAGCCCAUACCUGAGCUUACAGAUUUCUCCACCCGCUAAAAAGCCAUUGACCAAGAUUGUCUCCUACCUGCUGGUGGCCGAGCCGGACAAGCUCUAUGCCAUGCCUCCCCCUGGCAUGCCGGAGGGCGACAUCAAGGCCCUGACCACUCUCUGUGACCUGGCAGACAGGGAGCUCGUGGUCAUCAUUGGCUGGGCCAAGCACAUCCCAGGCUUCUCGAACCUCUCUCUCGGGGACCAGAUGAGCCUGCUGCAGAGCGCCUGGAUGGAGAUCCUCAUCCUGGGCAUCGUGUACCGCUCGCUGCCCUAUGAGGACAAGCUGGUGUAUGCUGAGGACUACAUCAUGGACGAGGAACACUCCCGCCUCGCGGGGCUGCUGGAGCUCUACCGGGCCAUCCUGCAGCUGGUGCGCAGGUACAAGAAGCUCAAGGUGGAGAAGGAGGAGUUUGUGACACUCAAGGCCCUGGCUCUGGCCAACUCAGAUUCCAUGUACAUCGAGGAUCUGGAGGCAGUGCAGAAGCUCCAGGACCUGCUGCACGAGGCUCUGCAGGACUACGAGCUGAGCCAGCGCCACGAGGAGCCGCGGAGGACGGGCAAGCUGCUGCUGACGCUGCCCCUGCUGCGGCAGACGGCUGCCAAGGCCGUGCAGCACUUCUACAGCAUCAAACUGCAGGGCAAGGUGCCCAUGCACAAACUCUUCCUGGAGAUGCUGGAGGCCAAGGUCUGAUGGCCCGGCACAUGGACCGACUCCCACCCGCGGACAGACCGACCGACCCGACGCGGAGACCUCCACAGCCACCAGCCUCGACCUUCAAGCCCUGUAUCAUGGCCACGAGCAGUCCCCGAGGAAGGGGCUUCUCGCCUCCCGGCUGCGUGCAGAGUCCUGGGUGCAGCGGGGCCGGGGAACAGGGAUGGGAGGGCAGGGCGUGGGCUCACCUGUGACUGGCUUUUUCUCUGGUAUGUUUUUCCUUCUCCACGGGCAGUGCUGACGCCUGGGCCCAGGGCUGACUCCCUUGAGACUAGAGACCGUGGAGGAAGCCCCGCCUUUCCCACCAAACCACCAAGAGACAGCAGCGUAUUUCCUACCCCACCCCCACCCCCCCUCCCCACCUCGCGGACUGGGCGGCCGGUGCUCAGUGCCUAGGACGCCCCCGGCCCAGGCUAGGCACCACCUGGAAGUUUUCCCUCCCCAGACGGCAGGUGCUUUCUUCCAGAGGCUCCGCCUACUCUGAGGUUCUCUGGGGCCCCUCAGGAGGCUGCAUACCUUCCCCGGUCCAGACCCAGACGGCUCCCACCCUCCGUCCUUCCUCUCAGUUUGGCACACUCCGCUCCCAUUAGGGACUCGCCGUGGAGGGAGCAGCUGGCAGAGCUCGUGCGUUUUCCCGGGCACACGCCCUUGUGUGCUCCCACCUGCCUGUCCCCGCUGUGCUGGGGCCCACCUGCCCUCCUCCCCUCCUGUCCCGGGAAAUCCCUGCUACUUCCUGCCCCUACCUCAGAGCUCACUCAGUGGGUUCAGCCAGCCAAGGUGACUUCCGGGUCCACAGCUGGGAACCGCACUGGCUCAGAAAAGAGCAGGGUCCAGGCGAUACUCCCCAGAGCUCCUGCUUCUUGCCUGCUUCUCACCUCCCACCCUUUCAGCCUUCAGGGCAGAUCUGGAGCAGGUGGGGCUGUGGCAAGACAGGGAGUGUAGGGACCUGGCCCCAUCUGAGGGCACCCUGGGCACUGAUUUCAGGCUGGCGGUCUGGGAGGAUUGGGGCAAGAUGGGGGAGGCUCGAACCAAUCUUUGCUGAACACAGAAAGGCCUAGAAGUAAGCAGGCAGGGGAUCCCCAAAGACAGGGAGCUCACGGGAGGUUGCCAGCCUGCCUGCUACGUCCUGGCUUCUGGGGACAGUGGACACCAGGACUCCCCGCUCCCUGCAUUCCAAAGGGUUGGGCGAAUCAGUGCCACAGGAGGGGUGCUCCUGUCACCCUGGACUAAGGUGCGACGUAGGUCCCUGGGGACACUGAGAAGGCCCAGCUCUCUGGUGGGAGCCCCCGGUUUUCCUGGCUGCUGUGUAGACUGACCAACCACCCUGGUUGGCCCUGAACAUUCCUGGUUUCAGCACUGAAGGCCGUGUCCUGGGAAACCCUUCAGUCCCAGGCAGAUGGGGACGGUCUGUCUUCUGAUUUCUGUGAGUGGCCUCAAAAGUCGGUUGUAACCCGCUCAGGGCAGCCCUGAGCACCUCGUGUGCUUGCACACGGGUGAGCGGGUGGCUGCUCAGAGGAUCCCCCAAGGAUGGAGUGGGGGGGGGAGGGUUCAGCGUGAUGGGAAAAGCCCCUCCUACGCAGCUGCCUUGUGAAGCAGGGUUUGGGGCAGCCCUACCGGGGACACUUGUGGGGAACGCACACGUGCACAGGCAGGCGGGGCGGCUCACCCAUCACUGGGACACCGGCGGGGGGGGGGGGCCGGGUGCUCGCUCCCAAGCCCCGCAGCUCUCCGCGUAAGGCGGCUGCGGCUGAUGUCAUCUUGCCACCUUCUCCACCCCAGACGCUCCUGAAUUUCUGUGCUGGGACCUGCUGAGGUCACCCCAGGCGGGAGGGCUGGCCGAGACCCAGCAGGUGCAGAGUGGCUGUCUGAUGUCCUCAUGUAGAAAAUACCAUGGGUUCCAGGAGGCCUCGUGGCCCAGUGACGUGCGCUGCUCUCCUGUUAGCCGGUGGGGAAUCCAAGGCCAAAGCCACGGGACAGUGAGCCUUGUAAUGAUCGUCUGAGAUGCUUCAUCCCUAGGUCUCUGGGAAGUCCCAAUCUGGGUGGACACACCCGCACCUCAGCAUCAAGGGACCCGGGCAAAGACCCAAGUCUGACAACCACACCCUAAGAUCCGAACCCGAGGGACCUCACGGUGAGAGAAGUUGGGGUCUGCUCCGUGGGUGCCUCCCCUAGCCUUUCAUCGUGCUGUGUGCUUGAGGAGGUGGGGCUGAGGGUGGCAUCUCGUCACCCGGGUGUCCCUUCCUGCUCAAGCACGACGACCUGAGCGGUCCGCCACGGCAGGGGGCUGCGCCCCAGCUGGGGUUUGCAGCCCAUCCUUUUUAGGGGGAAGGAUCUCAGCUAACGGUACAACUGGCUUGGGGUGGGUGGGCGUUGGGAUGGAUCUGGUGUCCCUGCAAGGGUCCUGCCUCUAGAGCCUCUCUCUAGCAGCGAGGGGAGCUGGUGAUCCCGGGGGCUCUGUGUCGGCGAGGUGUGCACUGCUCUCACACUUGAGCCCCAGUGGCGACAGGAAGUGGUCCGACGGGAACUCGUCCGGUGGGAAAGGCCCUGGUGUGUACCAACGGGCAUUCAGAGAAAAAGUCUAGGCCAGCUUCUUAGCUGGAGGCCUUGCCAGCUUUGGGGCCUCCGUGGGAGGCGGGGGGAGGGGGCCCUGACUUGGUGGGGGAUGGUGAAGUGAGGAGAGUUUAGGAUGCCCCGUACCCCAGACGGGGUACUUGAUGGAACUCAAGUUUGCCCCCAAAUCUGCUGUUCCUGGAAAAUCUGUAAAGAGGAAAUCACCCUUCUCACUUGUAUUCUCAUGAUACAGGUCAUUGAAAUGAACCAAGAAAUAAAAUGUGAAAAUCCAACCACGGA